AUGCAUUCACUACAGCGUUCCCUCUGGUCCGUCCGCGAGUAUCUCAGUCCGGUCCUCAAAGAGAGCAAGUUCAAAGAGCACGGCCGCAUCACCCCCGAGGAGUUCGUAGCCGCAGGCGACUUCCUGGCCUACAAGUUCCCCGUCUGGAAAUGGGAGUCCGGCGAGUCGUCGAAAGCGCGCGACUACCUCCCCGCCAAUAGGCAGUAUCUGCAGACGAGUGGGGUGGCGUGCCUCCGGCGCGCGAGCACGCUCGCGUACACAGACGCGGACGAGGACGCGGAGCGGCUGCUCAACUUCGCGGACCCGGGCGCGGGCAAGGAGGAGGAGUGGGUCGAGACGCACGCCGGACGCUCCGCCUCGCACGACACCCCACAGAACGUGGGCACGAUCGACGACAUCCCCGACGUCGACGACGCGGACGCGUCACAUGCGAUGGGCGGACUCAGCCUCGGGAGCGGCGCGAAGGGCGAGCCGGCGGAGAUCCCGGACAUGGACGAGAUCCCAGACAUGGAGGAGGACCUAGAGGAGGGCGAGGACGAGGCGACGGCGGCGCCCGUGGUUGCAUCUGCUGAGGGAGAGAUCGAGGUGGCGAAGGGCAACCUGCUGCAGGUGCGGACGUACGAUGUCAUGAUCACGUACGACAAGUACUACCAGACGCCCCGCAUUUGGCUGGUCGGCUACGACGAGAACGGCACGCUCCUCACGCCUCCGCAAAUCUUCCAAGAUGUCUCAGCCGACCACGCGUUCAAGACGGUCACGAUCGAAGCCUUCCCGCACAAGUCGUUCCAAGCCGCGUCGGUGCACCCAUGCAAGCACGCGAGCGUGAUGAAGAAAGUCAUCGAGCGCAUGAACCAGGGCGUGAUCGAGGAGCAGCAGGCCGCUCGCAAGGCCGGGGCGGACAAGAAGAAGUGGUUCCGCCGCGGGACCGGCAACGGGAAGGACGACAAGACUCCGCCGACGCCUGGGGAAGAUGAGAUCGAGGGCAUGCGCGUCGACUUCUACCUCGUCGUCUUCCUCAAGUUCAUCGCCUCAAUCGUGCCCACGAUCGAGGUCGACUCGACUGCUGCCAUGUGA